CAGAUAUGUCAGUGUAGAAAUUUGAUCAUUUCAUAAGAUGGCCAUCCGGUGACAGACACGACAACGUGGAGAGAACGCAUUGUGGCGUCUUGGAGAGGACAAACUAUUUUAUGAUUGCGUGAUUGUCGUCGUACUGAUUGUGGGAUGAUGAGGAAAUAUCAACGAAUGACCUUUCGCCUGUUCAGUUUCUGCUGUAUUGUGUUGGUGCUGUGUUCCAUGCAAUGGGCGCUUCCGUCCGGAUAUGACGACACGUUGACAGUAAACAGCCCUCACACCCAUGGAAGGAGGGAGACACUCACAAGCGGGGACAGACAGUACAUGAAGCUGCUGGUACGGGAUAUGUUUCACGAGAUGUUCCCGCAAAAUGUCUCAAACGUUCGCGAUUUGCUUCAGUCAAUUAUCACUGACGGACAGAAAGCCAAGGAGGCACUGAAGGAACGCGAUAAAGCGGUGUCAAGGAAACAAAGGGAGACUACCACUGUAAAGCAGGGUGUGGGAGCGAAUAAUGGCAAUGUGGUGAAAGUAGGACAGGAAAUACAGAAUGUUAAUCAAAGUUUACAACAACAACCGGAAGUGCAGUUUCCGCCAUUUGUUGAAAAUAGUCCAGAGGAUGGGCCAGGUGAGUUUGGAAGAGGGUACCUGCCAAAGUUGAACAUCACAGAACAAAAAGUAAUGGACAAACGACGCCGAAUCAACCGCUUCAACGUUUACGUCAGUGACCUCAUCUCCAUCCACCGACGUCUCCCCGACUCCAGACCCCCUGAGUGUAAAAGCAUCACGUACGAACAUCUACCGAUGGCCAGUAUCAUCAUGUGUUUCCACAACGAGGCCUGGUCUGUUCUCCUGCGGAGUGUCCACAGUAUACUGGACAGGUCACCGACACACUUACUGAGGGAGAUCAUAUUGGUGGAUGACUUUUCUGCACAAGAACAUCUGAAGGCACCCUUGGAGAAAUACAUGGCUCAGUAUCCCAAGGUAAAAAUUGUACGGGCACCAGAACGAGGGGGCCUCACACGUGCUCGGUUGCUUGGAUACAAGAACGCCCAGGGACCGGUCAUUGUAUUCUUGGAUUCUCAUAUCGAAUGCUUCCCAGGAUGGCUGGAACCGUUACUUAGCCGCAUCGCCAACGACCCCACAACAGUACCUUUUCCCCAUGUGCUUCCUAUAAAGACGGAAGACUUCUCCACCUCUGCCGCUCAAAUGGAUCAAGUUGGUUACUUUCGGUGGACAAAUCUCUCAUUUGAUUGGCUACCAAUCCCAGAGAAAGAGAAGAAGAGACGGAAGAAUAAUGCUGACCCUGCAAGAUCGUCUACCAUGCCUGGUGGGUUGUUUGCCAUCGACAAGGCCUUUUUCACUUCACUGGGGACGUAUGACCCGGAUCUGUUGUACUGGGGUGGCGAGAACAUGGAGCUGUCGUUCAAGGUGUGGAUGUGUAACGGGACUAUAGAAUACCACCCCUGCUCCCAGGUGGGACAUAUAUUCCGCUCAUCAACACCCAUCAUGUUCGAAAACUCUGGCGCCAUGAUCAUCCGAAACUCCAUGCGUGUAGCCGAAGUGUGGAUGGACGAAUACAAAGAGCUCUUCUACGACGCUUCCUAUCCAAAAGCUGACUUUGGCGAUGUUUCCGCGAGGAGGGAAUUGCGAGAAAGCUUACAUUGCCAUGACUUCCGGUGGUAUCUUGAUAAUGUUUUUCCUCUCCCAAUACCGAAACGUUCACUUGCCGCGGGUGAGAUACGCCACGCGAGUAAACCUAUGUGCAUGGACAUCCAGGGCUACACCAUGGUGCCUGGCAUGUAUAAUUGCCACGGGCAGGGAAUCAACCAGAGAUGGCUCAUCCACGAAGAUGGAGUGAUCACACAUGACCGGUUUAAGAUGUGUUACGAACAUGAAUCCUUCGUCCUUAAAGCAGGGGCAUGUACCAACGUGAAGCCCUACUGGAUUUAUCACGAACAGAACCAAACUCUUGUUCACAAUCCUACAAAACUGUGCCUCCAAAUGGGCGUGGACUUCAAACUAAAAAUGGAGACGUGUACUGGGACGUCAUGGCAACAGUGGAUACUGCCCAAGAAACAUGGAUGAGAAACGUAAAUAACAGUUUCCAAGUGUCAAUGUGUGUGUGUGUGUGUGUGUGUGUGUGUGUGUGUGUGUGUGUUAAGAGUAAGAUGUGUGUGUGUAUGUGUACGUGCGCGCGUGUAUGCGUGAGAGCGAGAGAGAGAGAGAAAGAGAGAGAGGGAGAGAUAGAGAAAAAGAGAGAGAGGGAAAUGGCGUGUGGAGGAAAGACAUAUUCUGUCAGAGAUUUUCAUAGGUGUUAUAUGUCAAUGAUUUUACAUAAAUGUACAUUGCGUCUCAGACAUAAUAAAUUUUCAUCACUGGUCUCAGAGCGCUUUUUCAAUGAUUGCAACGUGUUGUGAAUGGACAUUCCACAGACCUUUUCUUGGUAGAACGCCCAAUACCCUAUGAUCUCACGUGAUCCUAUUUACCGCAGCUGACGAAUUGGGAUCGCAUAGCUCAUGGUAUAAUAUUUACAUGUCACUAUUGUCAUUACGACUAAAUCCGAUUUAAAUGGAACAGCAUGUCUAUAUGUGCUUCACACUGCAUAUGCCGUUCAUGACUGCGGUGCCCUUAUUUGUAGCAGUGCUUGUGUUGAUACACUUUUAAUAAUAAUGUAAUAUUUAAAUGCAUGCAGAGACAGGCGACAGCUAUGCAUGUAGAUCCAUUUCCUCUUCUUAGCAAAACAUGCACUCGGGUCAAGUGUAAGUUCUUCUUGUGCGGGGAAGGUGUAAUAGUUAGAAUUUCAACUACCGUCAGGAAUCCAUCUUGGCAUAAAAUAAUUUCAACCCAUGGUGAUCUGGGUUAGACAGAGUCCAUAUCCACCGUUCGUCUUUAGACGAAGAACCUUCAGAAUGCAGCACCAACAUUUCACGUCAAAACGAUCUUCACUAUAGAUCACACGUUACUGAGACAGAAAGGCUGUUUUGGGACCCAACUCGCGACCUUCCCAUUGUCUGCCCGACAGCCAGCCUGUCACACUAUGUGUUAAUCUGUCGAGUUAUGGCUGAGACGUUACGAAAAUGAACGGAAAGGUCUCAGAAAAGAAAAGGUCUCAGACAAUCACGAAGAUGAAUGAGUUUAGCCUAGUGGUUAAAGCGUUCGCUCGUCACGCCGAAAACCCGGGUUCGAUUGGGCACAUAGGUACAAUGUGUCUUA